AUGACCAUGCUGCUGCUCGCCACGCUCCUCUCGGCUCUGACCCCGCCGCCCGACCUCACAUCGACCGACCUCUUCACGCCAGGCAUGCCUGACACUGCCGGAGUUACGUACGCCUGCUAUCGCAUCCCGUCGAUGGUCUGGGUCGCCAAUGAGGCAUCGCCGCACGCCGUGCUUCUCGCGUUUGCAGAGGGCCGCCGCGGCUCGUGCGCGGACAAGGGCGACGUUCGGAUCGUCGCCCGACGCUCGUCUGAUGGAGGGCAAACCUGGUCCUCGAUUGAGCAGGUUGCGGUCGAGGCUGGCCACACGAUCGGCAACCCGGCGCCUGUUGCGGACCUGGCUGUGGCAGGCAGCGUGCACCUUGUCCACGCUCGCGACGACACGCAGGCUCUCGCCGUCUUCCUCGUCAGCAGCGCCGACGGCGGAAGGUCCUGGUCCGAGCGCAGGAACCUCACCGCGGCCCUCAAGGCCAACCCCGCGCCAGAGGCGUUUGUGAUGCCCGGGCCGCCCGGCGGCGUGCAACUCCAAUCGGGCCGCCUGGUCGUCGGCAUGUAUGGCGAGGACGAGGCGAAGCAGGUCCGCUCGUACGCGGCCUUCUCCGACGACCACGGCAGGACGUGGGCGCACGGGUCUCCGGCGGGCACGUCGGCGAGCGGGCCGGUCUACGGCGGCGGAGAGAACCAGAUCGUGCCGUACGGAGGCGGCGGCACGCUCGCCAUGUUCCUGCGCGGGCGCACGACGGCGGCUGACGACGUCUCUCACAACCACGGCCUCGCUUGGCUCAACAUCUCCGGCUCGUAUUGCGAGGGCUCGGCCGUCGCCACGCCCGACGGCGGGCUCCUCUCCCGGCGCGCCGAGCAGCCGUGGAUGACGUCUCUUACCGUGGUCUACUUCUGGCCGGGCUUCAAGGCAACCGCGCCAGAGAUGGGCUACCCGGUGCUGCAGCCGGUGCUGCAGUACGGCGAGCGCGGCCGGGCGUGGGCUCUCCAGUCGUGGUUCGUCGAUGCGAACGACCGGCGGUUUCCGGUGGCGACGGCGCCCGCGGUGGAUGUGCAGCCCGGCGACCGCAUCACGAGCUACAUGCGCCUCUCUGCCGACGGGAGCACGUGGACCGUCUCGGGCACGAAUCGAGAGUCGGGGGAGGACUCGACGCUGCACAUCGCGCAUAGCCGCGCGGGCAGGGCCGACUACGACUACGCCAUGCUGGUGAAUGAGAAUAUCAACGUGGACGAGCGAUGCGACCGCAUGCCCGCGGCUCCAAGCCUCACGUUCACCAACGUGACGGUGAACGGUCACGCGAAGCCCGCCUGGGCCACACGUGCCGAUUGUCAUGGGAGCCCUCGGUGCGACUGCGGCAACGCUGCGAGCAUCGGCGCCAACGGCGACGUGACGCUGAGCUGGAGUACCGACCCUCGCAGCAGGCCGUCUCGUAGAGCCAGCCGGUGA